UAAAAACACUAAAGGGGUAGCUAUGGAGAUGGAGCGUUUUCCUGGCUGCUUUCUUUGACAGGUGUUGAGUGGGGCAAAAGUCUUAAAACAGAAUCCAGCAUGUACGCCAAAGGUAAAGGAGCUGUCGUCCCUUCCGAUAGCCAAGCGAGAGAAAAGUUAGCUUUAUAUGUGUACGAGUACUUGCUGCACGUCGGGGCACAGAAAUCAGCACAGACCUUCCUGUCAGAGAUCCGAUGGGAGAAGAACAUCACACUUGGGGAACCUCCAGGAUUUUUACACUCAUGGUGGUGUGUAUUCUGGGAUCUGUACUGCGCCGCCCCGGACCGGAGGGAGACAUGUGAACAUUCCAGCGAGGCCAAGGCUUUCCAUGACUAUAGUGCGGCCGCUGCUCCCAGUCCAGUGAUGGGCAACAUGCCACCCAACGAUGGUAUGCCAGGAGGACCCAUGCCCCCGGGCUUCUUUCAAGGUCCUCCAGGAUCUCAGCCUUCCCCUCAUACGCAGCCUCCCCCACACAACCCCAGUAAUCCCAUGAUGGGACCUCACGGACAGCCAUUCAUGUCUCCAAGGUACCCAGGUGGCCCGAGGCCCUCCCUCCGUAUGCCAAAUCAGCCUCCUGGGAGCAUCCCCGGGUCACAGCCCCUCUUGCCAAACAGCCUGGACCCCACCAGACCUCAAGGUAUUGACAAAGGACAUCCAAACAUGGGAGGUCCAAUGAGAAUGAAUCCUCCUCGGGGCAUGGGGGGCAUGGGCCCACAGAACUACGGCGGAGGGAUGAGGCCUCCUCCAAACUCCAUGGGGCCAGGGAUGCCGGGCAUGAACAUGGGUCCUGGUGGAAGAGGUCCAUGGCCGAACCCCAACACCAACUCAAUAGCUUAUUCAUCUUCAUCUCCAGGCAACUAUGUGGGCCCUCCAGGGGGAGGCGGCCCACCAGGAACUCCUAUCAUGCCUAGCCCCGGAGAUUCAACAAACUCAAGUGAAAACAUCUACACAAUGAUGAACCCCAUUGGCCCUGGUGGAAAUAGACCUAAUUUCCCAAUGGGACCGGGUCCCGAUGGACCCAUGGGUGGAAUGGGUGCUAUGGAGCAGCAUCAUAUGAACGGAUCACUAGGCUCUGGUGACAUGGAUGGGUUGCCAAAGAAUUCUCCCAACAACAUGGCAGGCAUGAACAAUCCUCCCGGCACUCCGCGGGAUGACGGCGAGAUGGCAGGCAACUUUUUAAACCCAUUCCAAAGUGAAAGUUAUUCACCCAACAUGACGAUGAGUGUGUGAUUUUUUUAUUUUAUUUUAUCUUUUAUUUUAUUUUAUUUCUUUUUCAUCUUCCCUUAUCCCAACUCCCUGUCCCAUCCACCCUGGUGCGUCUUGCAUUACCCUCCUCCCUUCCUACCUCCUCCUCCUCGUGGACGGUGUGCUGUGCCACACAGCCCCUGGGGAUGCCCCUGGAAAGCAGGACUCCCCUCAACGCCUGUAAAAUGGGUGUAAGAACAUGAAAAGGCCUCCAAGCAACAGGAAGAGUCUCUUCUUCACUUCUCCUCGCCUGCCGGGCCUGAACAUGGGCCCUAGGACAGUAAGAGCCAGAAACUGCUCCAAGCCUGUCUCCCCCAAACCCAAAACCUGCCCUCAUGGGUGGCAUUCAAGUCCAAUCAAGAUGCCCCUCUGCAUCAACCACCACUCCAUUAUAUCAUGCUGAUCAUAACUUAUGUGGGCAUGCAGUUGUUGACUGACAGGGGCUGAAAACUCUCAUUCAGAAACUCUGCUACUGUGGGAGAAUGAUUUAAAAAAAGAAAAGACAAAAAAAGAUGAACUGAUAAUGUUAUUUUAGGCAAGAAUGGUUUCAUUAAAUGUUUGUAUUUUUUUGUUGUUGAUGGUGAUAUUAUUGUUAUAAUUUUCAUAAUUGAUAUUAUUCUACUAAUGAUUUCCUGUAAAGGGCACAUUUUAUCUCAGCAGCAGCAUCAACAAUGACAGAAUAAGCACACACUUGGAAAAAUGCACAAUGAUUUUCUGUUUACAUGAUUUUAGCUUAUUUGAUGUUUGUUUUUGUUUGUCAGUCUCACUUCACAUACCUCUCCUUUAAACUUCCUCUGAACUUGUAGCUUGAGUCAUUGCCUUCUAAAUGUUUGUAGCAUCAUUUACAUAAACCUUCAAAGUAAGUGUGAUCGGAAUAAUUGAUUGUCUUUACCGAAUGAAGUAGUUUGAACUGAGGUGUUAGUGUCUAAAACUAUCCAUACAGUUAAAACAGAGGCUUUCUGGUACAAAGUGUCUGAAUGAUCGUAUCUUGUCUUAAUAAGCAUCCCUUCUCACAGUUUUCUAGGUUUAUACUGCGCGGGAACGGCUCAGAUGAAAUCCUGAGAUGAUUGUCAGGACAGGUGCCAGUUCUUAUUCAGUAAUAGACCGAGCGAGAGAACAUCUCUUCUAUGAAUUUGGUCUUGUCUGUAAAUACAACAUAUUUAGCUUGUAUUGUGGUUGUUUUAUUAUCUGUUAUUUACAAGCUGUCUGUGAAUCCUGAAAUGUGGUUCCUUCCCCUUCAUCACUUUGUUUGAUUUCAACCUCACUGUGGACUCCCAAGUGGCACUGUUUUCAUCCCAGGAUUCAUUCUGGUCUCUCGUCAAUGUCUCCUUUUGGACUAGGAGAUACUGUGGGACCUCAGAUUCACUUGUGAGGCCCGCUUUCUCGCUGUGAGUUUGGGUUGAACUCACAGAUCCUUCACAAUCCACUUUCUUAACCCAGACAAGAUGGGCUAAAAUAACCGUCUCCUUGGAGCUCCCAUCGACAGGUUCCCUCAGCAAGUCCCGUAUUUACAGGAUAAUGGAUCCAGAGAUUUGGGAAGCUGUAGCAGCGUGAGUGAUGGGAGCAGAGUGAUGCACCUUGGGGUUAACAGACUGUACAGCCACAUGGGUCUAAAGAAGAGGAACAAUAAUGGGAGACUUUUUAAAUGGAUCUAUUUCCUUUUUUUUUUUUUGUGGAUUGUUUUCAGCAGAUUGUUUUUAUUUUAAAUAUAAUCAACUGAAAAAAAAGCCCAUAGAAUCUGCACACAAAGAAAAGCAUAGAUACAUAUCUCGCUAUUUACUUUGUUUCUUUCUGUAUGUUAUGUACUCUUGGCCUGAUCAGCUCUCUGUCACUGUUUCAAAGGGAUAAGUGAUUUCUUAUGGCAUCACACUGCAGCACUUACGUCCUGGCUGUGUUCAGACCAACAAUAACUAAACAACCAUUGUAGCCUCUAUGGGUGACGGUGAUGUACUUAACAAUUUUCUGAUAUCAAUGUGAACAGAUUGUACCCAGAGAACAGGGACAUCUCCAGCAAUUGGCUAUCGGUGGCCUGGGAAACACUCUUCCCAGUGUUCCUUCAGUGUACUGACACACACCUCCCUUCUUUCCUCCAAAUCCCAUCCCUCACCCCCACUCCCACCUCCACCCCUACCCCUCUUUAAUUUCCUUUUUUGUAAAUACUGUAUAAUGCAUUUUGAUAUCAUUGACAUGUUUUGAUAUGUCAGUCACUACCAAUGAAUACAGCUGAAAGUAAAUUAUAAAUAAAACUGUCCAUGUUUUUCAUAGAGAAUGGAUGCGCUGACUAUUUGGCUCAUGUGGCUAAAUUUCCAUUAAAAUGUAUAGAAUACAGUAACACAAUAAAUGCAGACUGUAUGCUUGUAUGGUUGGGAGGAUAGGACAGAGAGAGGACAGGACAGAGAGAAGCAAACAAGCUGUGGCGUCCUCGCUCUGCCCUUGUCUCCUUAUGUUUCAGUUAAAUGUUACUAUUGGCUUUGAAUAAUCAUUUGAAUACUUUUUUCAAAGGGCAUCUUCUCACGUGACCUCUUAUUGCAGUUUUUAAUAUGAAGGAUUUUUAUCAAUUCAUGAAAACUUUUAAAAAGGUAAAAAUACUUAAGAAAACCUCAUUUUAAAUUAAGAAUAGAUCAAACAUUAACUGUGUCCUUUGCUAUGCGCUCCUGUUAUAGCGUUGUAUAGACUGAAGCUCUCUCACUGAUCCUCUCUCAGUCCUCUGUGUAUAUCGAUUGUUGGCCAUCGCUGUACUUCUAUUGUGAUGUAUAAUACUGUACCAUUAGGAAGAUUUGCUGGUCAGGUGGGGUGGGUAUGUGGAGAGGGAUGGGGAUUAAAGGGAGGGGAUAUGAAUGAUUCUCCUGUACCGUUCAUGGUCCUUUCUGAUGACACGGCAGUAUUCAAUAUGAAGCAGUCUGUCUCUUGGGUUUGCUUUGUAUUUACAUGGUAGGGUAGUUAAGAAACUUGUCUUAGGGACUUAGGUGUCUUGUGUAGGUAAUAAAGAUGUUCUUUGUAUGUUUCUUUAUAUUGUAAAGUUUCUUUAGACUGAAAGAAAAACAGAUAAUUUGCUUAUCUAAAAAGAAACAAUGCAUCAAUAAUAAAUGUCAUUUGAUUUUUC